AUGCCAGCCGUGACACCGGCAUCGUUCGCUGCGGCCGUCGCCCGCCUUAACGUCGCCUCGGGCCGGUACGCGGUCGCGCUCUCGGGCGGCGCCGACAGCACAUCGCUCCUCUGCCUCCUCAGCGAGUGGGCGCCCGAGCCCUCCAAGCAGCUGCUCGCGAUCACAGUCGACCACGCGCUCCGCAACGAAAGCGCCGACGAAGCGAGAUAUGUCGGAACGUUGGCCGCCAAAUGCCACGUGCCCCAUCAAAUCCAUACGGUGAGCUGGCCACGAGACAGGGCGCUUGCACGGAGCCAACUGCAAGUGCAAGCGCGUGUGAAGCGGUACGAGUUGCUUCACGAGGUGUGCGUCGCGGAGAAGCUUGACGGGCUCUUUGUUGGGCACAACCUCGGCGACCAGGCCGAGACGCUGCUCAUGCGCCUUGGUCGCGGCAGCGGCUGGAGCGGCCUCGCGAGCAUCCCAGGCAAAGCGUACAUUCCGAUCGCGUCGGGCAGCACUGUGCCCCUCUAUCGCCCGCUCCUUUGCUUCGAAAAGGACGACUUGAAGGACACGUGCCGCCGCUUCAAUAUGCCGUGGGUUGAAGACCCUUCCAACGACUCGGACGACUUUGACCGUAUCCGCAUUCGCAAGGGCCUGCGCGAUCUCAAGGCGACACCGGGCAAUGCAGAUCUUAUGCAGCGUCUGCUCGCGAUGCAAGAGCACGCAGACGAGGCGCACGCGGACCUCGAAGAGGCUGCAACAGCGCUGGUAGAGCAGUACGUCACCACGCAGCCAACAUAUGUGCUCUUGAGCGACAAAUUUGUGGCCGAUCCGAAGCUCUUUGACGAGCUCGCGAUCCGAGUGCUAUCUCGCCUUGUCCGUGGCGUUGGUCAAAAGCAGUACCCACCCCGCGUCGCAUCCGUCCAAGCACUAUGGCUGCAAUGGAAGCGCGGCCAAAUGCGCGUCAACUCGGCCGUGACCGUCGGGGGAUGCUUGGUCAAGUUAACCCGCACCGGGCUCCUUAUCACGGUCGAAGGUCGCGUAGCAUCGUCGAGCGAAUAA